AUGAUGUCACUUAUAGAGUUGAACGAUGACCAGAGAUGGGUGCCAACACAUGUGAAUGUAAAUGUCCUUCGUGCAAGGGGUUUGCGGACGAAGGGCAAGCAUGGGAGCCGUUAUGUUUACACCAUCAUUCAGGUUGGGAAGGAGAAAUACACCACCGGUUUGGUCGAAAAGGCGACUGUGCCAGAGUGGAAUGAGGAAUGUUGUUUCGAACUUCUCCCCGGAAUACUGGAGGCUGGGGGUCGCAGUGCUUUUCCCUCAGGGAGCGGUGACUUGGUCCUCACCGUCAUGCACCGGGUGCUUAUCGGACUUGACGUGUUUCUUGGUCAAGCAAUCAUCCCUCUGGAUAAAAUAUUUCAAGAUGGAAUGUGUCCUAGAGAUGAGUAGGUUCCUUUCACUUACUCAUUUAAUAUGCUAGUGUUGAGGAACUUAUUUCCACUGAUUAGGCUACAUUGACAUGCAGGCCUAGGCUAAAUUAUCAUAUCACACAAAUUAUAGCCUUUUAUGGCCAUUAAUUUGACGUGAUUGAAGUAACAUUUGUAGGCCCAACUGUGGUAUGUUGGUAGGGUGGGGAAUUCACACAAGUAUGAGAAGAACGGGGCGUUUAUUUAUGGUGAAGAUCAGUGGCCCACACAAGAUCAGUGGCCCCCCUGGACUACUGGUGCAUAGUUGAACUACACUGAACAAAAAUAAAAGGCAACAUGUAAAGUGUUGGUCCCAUGUUUCAUAAAACAUAUUUCUCUAAAAUUUUGUGCACUAAUUUGUUUACAUCCCUAUUAAUUAGCAUGUCUCAUUUGCCAAGAUAAUUCAUCCACAUGACAGGUGUAGCAUAUCAAGAAGCUGAUUAAACAGUGUGACAAUAAAAGGCCACUUUAAAAUGUGCAGUUUUGUCACACAACACAAUGCCACAGAUGUCUCAAGUUUUGAGGGAGCAUGCAACGAAAACAGGUCCCCUAAAUGGACAUAAAUAUUGUCCAGAAAUGUCGUCAUUGGACAGAAAGGGGCACACCUCCCCACAUCCAAGAGCAAAAGCAUAUAGAAUUUCACCAUGUCUGUACUUAAAGGGUAAAUCCAUUUUAAUUUAAUCACUUUUUGACAGCCUCCCUUUUGAUUUAAAGCUGCAAUAUGUAACUUUUUGGGUGACCUGACCAAAUUCACAUAGAAAUGUGAGUUAUAGAUCUGUCAUUCUCAUUGACCCCAAGUCUAAGAAGUGGUAGAUCUGUUCUAUGUGCGCUAUUUCCAUGCUUUCCGUUCUUAAGUUUAGUUUUUGUGUCUUUUACUUUCGGUUUUGUACACAAGCUUCAAACAACUGAACAUACAAUAUUUAGAUGGUACAAUGAUUCUCUACACUAUGCAUUGCUUGUUUUGUCACACACUGAAAUUAGGCGAACUAUUAGAAUUUUAGCAACCAGGAAAUGGCAAGUGUUUUCUGCAUAUUGCACCUUUAAACAAAACUUUCAAUACAUGUUUGCCCAUGGUCAGAAAGUGACCUUUUGGAGAUAAAGAUGAUCAUACCCCACCAUCAAUGUUCCCUCUAAUUAUUUUCGUCAGUGAGCAAAUUUCAGGUCUGCUGAGUGCAAACAUUGUGAAAAUUCUGUGAAACUUCCAGCGUGCGUUUACUGUGAACACUGAGGCUGUACCCACUUUAAGUUACAGUUUUAACAGUGGCCAAGUAGGCUACUGUGGCUAUUUGAUCAUAAUGUAGGCCUACCAGAGUGGCCUACCAUAAAAAACAAUGAAGAAAAUGCAUCCCAUAACAUUUUAACAUGGAAAUAGCUGUUGUAUCAUUCAGCCUACAGUAGCAGCCAAUGUGUGGUGUUAAAUGUUGACUUUUUUAAAAACAUGCAGGGCUUGACAUUAACCUGUUUAUCCACUUGUCCUUCAGACAAGGAGGUGACUGAAAAUGUUGUUCUGUUGUUUGAUGCAAGAAACCACUUUACAAAUUAUGCUACCCUCUACUUAUUGGCUACUUAGCUUAUUCAAGCCUGUCUCAAAAUACAACACUGCCCCUUUAAGACAAAAAGCUCCUUACCUGACUCGCUUUUCAAAGAUGUCUAGAAAUGUACACGUUUUGUGCUCUUGUAGAAAGCAAUCACUCCCCUAUUGCUGACCACAAAUUAUCUAUAGCUGGGCUGAUAACUCACUAACUAGCAAAGGAUAUGAACAAAAUGUGCACACGUGGCUACAUGCAUACGUGGUCCUCUGUAGCUCAGCUGGUAGAGCACGGCGCUUGUAACGCCAGGGUAGUGGGUUUGAUCCCCGGGACCACCCAUACACAAAAAAAAAUUAUGCACGCAUGACUGUAAGUCGCUUUGGAUAAAAGCGUCUGCUAAAUGGUAUUAUUAUAUGCAGCUCUCGCUUUGAUCUCGAAACAAGCGCAUCUACUCACGACCGCUCAUGCUGUAAACACAGUCCAGUUAAAUGUAAACGGCACAGAUCCAUAUAUGGCAAUGGUCUAUUUACAUAUAAGCCUACUGCAGCUCUGAUUGUUUAUGCUGCACCGGUCUGUGUAGAGUACGGGCUGAGUCGUGGUGCGUGUCAGUGCAAUAGAAUCCUAAUCCGAUGCCUUCUGCCUACUACAAAAUCUCUUGCAUAAUUAGUUUUGUUUCGGUAGGUUGCAUUGAAAGUGACCAAUAUUGCGUUGAUUCGAUUGUGUUGAUUCGAUCACAAUUGCCACAGUAAAGGGAAAUGUUGAUAAUGUUAACAGGGAAAACUCUAGAAAUUGCAAGCCGAGAUCUACCGCUCACAUUUUUUUUAACAUGACUUAAAAAGCGUAAGCCUAUGCAACCUUAAGCAAUUAAAAACAGUACUGUAGCAAUGAGGUUUGUGCAGUAAGCUAUAGGCCCAAUACAUUAUCACUGCAUAUUGGUUUUGCUUGAAUUGCCCUGCCAAUGCAUUGUUGUUUGGGCCAUUAAAAAAAAACAAUAUUUCAACAUUUGAGGCUAUAUGAUCACACCGGUAAUGUUGUAUUACUUGUGAGGCACAGCUGAGCAAGCAUACAUUUAAAUAAUUUGCUUUUUACUUUUAUUAUACUGGGCUGAUGGUGUCUGCAUCUGAUGGUCAGACUCAGUGAAGGGAGAGAGCAGCAGACUGAGGGUCCGCCUCUCAACAUCCCUCCGCUCUCCCUUUCCUCCACUGACACUGACCAAAAAGCCACAGCAGGUUGGUGGCACCUUAAUUGGGGAGGAUGGGCUCAUGGUAAUGGCUGGAGCGGAAUUGGUGGAAUGGUAUCAAAUACAUCAAACACAUGGUUUCCAUGUUGUUUGAUGCCAUUCCAUUUGCUCCUUUAUCGUUGUUUUUCUUUACAGAAAUGUUUGCUGAUCAACUACGAAUGCUUUGGGGAUCGACCAGUCGAUCGUGAUCGACCGGUUGGUGACCACUGCUCUAGACAAUUUAGUGAAAUUCAAUCUUGUGCUUCUCACUGUGGGCUGAUAUUUGUUCUGCGCUAAGUCUCGGGGCUACUGUGCGCCCGCGCGCAGCUUAGAGGGAACAUUCCCCACCAUACCUUGAGACAUCCAUGUCUUUAUCACUGGAAAAGAUAAACGGUUGAAUUUUAUAUCAUUUAAAUGCUUACAAAUAGGGUUGUCAAACUAUUUAAUGAAAAAUGUUUUGGUAAUGAAAUUGUUUACAUUUUUAACCUUUAAAGUCAAUUCAUAGAUAUGUUUUCUUUUUUUAUCCGGGCAUACAGUGGGGAAAAAAAGUAUUUAGUCAGCCACCAAUUGUGCAAGUUCUCCCACUUAAAAAGAUGAGAGAGGCCUGUAAUUUUCAUCAUAGGUACACGUCAACUAUGACAGACAAAUGGAUAAUUUUUUUUCCAGAAAAAUACAUUGUAGGAUUUUUAAUGAAUUUAUUUGCAGAUUAUGGUGGAAAAUAAGUAUUUGGUCACCUACAAACAAGCAAGAUUUCUGGCUCUCACAGACCUGUAACUUAUUAUUUAAGAGGCUCCUCUGUCCUCCACUCGUUACCUGUAUUAAUGGCACCUGUUUGAACUUGUUAUCAGUAUAAAAGACAACUGUCCACAACCUCAAACAGUCACACUCCAAACUCCACUAUGGCCAAGACCAAAGAGCUGUCAAAGGACACCAGAAACAAAAUUGUAGACCUGCACCAGGCUGGGAAGACUGAAUCUGCAAUAGGUAAGCAGCUUGGUUUGAAGAAAUCAACUGUGGGAGCAAUUAUUAGGAAAUGGAAGACAUACAAGACCACUGAUAAUCUCCCUCGAUCUGGGGCUCCACGCAAGAUCUCACCCCGUGGGUCAAAAUGAUCACAAGAACGGUGAGCAAAAAUCCCAGAACCACACGGGGGAACCUAGUGAAUGACCUGCAGAGAGCUGGGACCAAAGUAACAAAGCCUACCAUCAGUAACACACUACGCCGCCAGGGACUCAAAUCCUGCAGUGCCAGACGUGUCCACCUGCUUAAGCCAGUACAUGUCCAGGCCCGUCUGAAGUUUGCUAGAGUGCAUUUGGAUGAUCCAGAAGAGGAUUGGGAGAAUGUCAUAUGGUCAGAUGAAACCAAAAUAUAACUUUUUGGUAAAAACUCAACUCGUCGUGUUUGGAGGACAAAGAAUGCUGAGUUGCAUCCAAAGAACACCAUACCUACUGUGAAGCAUGGGGGUGGAAACAUCAUGCUUUGGGGCUGUUUUUCUGCAAAGGGAACAGGACGACUGAUCCGUGUAAAGGAAAGAAUGAAUGGGGCCAUGUAUCGUGAGAUUUUGAGUGAAAACCUCCUUCCAUCAGCAAGGGCAAUGAAGAUGAAACGUGGCUGGGUCUUUCAGCAUGACAAUGAUCCCAAACACACCGCCCGGGCAACGAAGGAGUGGCUUCGUAAGAAGCAUUUCAAGGUCCUGGAGUGGCCUAGCCAGUCUCCAGAUCUCAACCCCAUAGAACAUCUUUGGAGGGAGUUGAAAGUCCUUGUUGCCCAGCGACAGCCCUAAAACAUCACUGCUCUAGAGGAGAUCUGCAUGGAGGAAUGGGCCAAAAUACCAGCAACAGUGUGUGAAAACCUUGUGAAGACUUACAGAAAACGUUUGACCUGUGUCAUUGCCAACAAAGGGUAUAUAACAAAGUAUUGAGAAACUUUUGUUAUUGACCAAAUACUUAUUUUCCACCGUAAUUUGCAAAUAAAUUCAUAAAAAAUCUUACAAUGUGAUUUUCUGGAUUUCUUUUCUCAUUUUGUCUGUCAUAGUUGACGUGUACCUAUGAUGAAAAUUACAGGCCUCUCUCAUCUUUUUAAGUGGGAGAACUUGCACAAUUGGUGGCUGACUAAAUACUUUCCCCCCCCCACUGUAUCGUUAUAUCCAUACCUGAAACAUCUGCCCUUCAGACUGCUAUGCAUGCUCCCAACAUCUGCCACAUUCUGAGACAUGUAGCGGAAGUUACAGUAGAGGUCACAGGUGGAGAUAUUCAAAGGGGAAUUUCGGUAGUAUGCAAACAAUGUCCAUAGUCAACAGCUCUGAGUAUAGUAGUAGAGAAAAGCAACACCACACAUCUGGUUUGAAUUGUGCGCCCACUGUUCUUCCAGCGCUCUGUAUGCAGUGAAACUCCAUUGGGUAGCAGCCGUUUGUUUUGGCUCCAGAAUACAUGGUUUCUGGUCCUCUCAGAAGGGGCUACGGAAGGGAAGCAGUGAAAGGAUUUCCUAGGUGGAUCCUUCAGCACGUCACAGACACCAGGUGUGGUGGGUGGGAGGACCCCCAGGAAUGUGGAUUUAAUUCCCAGACGCUAAAGAAACAGUUUGUUGUCAAACGUGGAGAAACACGAUGGUCAAAUAAAAUCUUAAAUACCCUCCCCUCUUUCAAUUGGCUACUGCCACAUUACGCAAUAUUGGCUGCCAGGCAGAAUAGUGAAUGUUUUGUUAUUUUCUUUCAGUGGUGUUUUUUGUUUUGUUUGUCUCCAAUGUGGUCAGUUAAAGCAUGUCCCUUUCGGUCUGUGCUUUGUGUUUAAAUGUAUCCCAUUACAGUGAAAAUAUGCAUUGAAUGGUGUUUACGCUGUAUGAAACAAAUGGGAGGCCAUCUGCGCUCUUUUAUAGUCCUUAAUAUAAAAUAAUGUUGGUCACAGGUGCGCAUGUGUGGAGCGCUGGAGAUGUUUGACCCCUGACAGUCUUCUCUCUCUGUGGUUCCAGAUGGCUCAAGCUCAACUCCAAGGCCGGUCGGAAGGAGAAGGAGCGUGGCGAGAUGCAGGUGACUGUCCAGUUCACACGCAAUAACAUGACGGCCAGCAUGUUCGACCUUACCAUGAAGGACAAGCCGCGCUCUACCUUCGGCAAACUCAAGGACCGCGUGACGGGGAGGAAGAGGGGUGACGUGGAGUCCUCCUCGGCCAUUGUGCCAGGACGCUUCGCCGCCCUGUCGAGUUCCCUGGGGCAGCCAUUCGGGGAGGGGGGCGGAGGGGGAGGGGGAGAGGACCCCGGGGAGGUAGAGGUAGCCGAGGAGAAGCGGAGCAAGGUGAAGGAUUUCUUCCUGGGGAAGGGAAAGCUGCGGAGGUCAUCUGACACAAGGUCGUGCUCGUCGCUGGCCUCGGAGAACAGUGUGUCAUCCGCGAUCAGUGAGAGCCCCUGCCCCCCUCCUCUGGCCCUAGGCCUCCUGGUGGACCCCCCCAGCUCUCCCAUCUACAGCAGCAAGGUCAAAGUAGACACCCACCACGGAGAUACAGACCUAGUUAAAAAAGGUAACCCUGCAGAUUUCAUCUGUGUUAUAGAUGAGAGAUUUGCUCUAUUUUUGUCCAAGUGUUUCAUUUUCUUUGGAAAUUGCCCUAAAUGUCUGAAAUAUGCACAGUAAUUCAUGAACUGUAUUUAGAUUUUAUGCUGACAGAAUGUUUACCAGACACGGAAAAAGCAUUUACUAUAUCUCAAGGAUAUGGCAUGCUUAUGGAUGUUAAGGAAUUGUUUUGGAAUAUAGGUUAUUAUUAGGGCCUAUCCGUUUCAGGCCAAUACUUUGACCCCUUUCUUUCCCUCCAAACAGUGCUCACCAGCACACAGUCUUCCCCAAAGAUAUUGACCCACAAGCGAGCCUUCAGCGACGAGGCGAAUAGGAUCACCACUACUGCCAUUCCCCGGCCCUGUCCUGCUGUGGAGUCCCUCAAAGGUCAAGGUAUGACUCUCUCCCAAUCCUCUCUGUGCAUCAACGGAAGCCACGUCUAUGGAUCCGAGCCGGUGGGUCCCAAGGGCUCAGGCACCCUUCCAUCCAAGCUGGUCCUCCUCGAGAAGUGCUCCCCUCUCUCUCGUUCGCUGCAGAACCUGACAAAGCGGAGCGAGGACAAGGGUUCCGCCGGCGAGGGCCGGCGCUGGUCCUUCGACAAGGUAAAGAAGGAAGAGAAGGAUGAGGAGAAGGAGGCCGUACCUCCUGUCUCCCAGGUUCAAAGUGCUCGGGUGGGGUGUCGGCCGGUGCAGGCAGCAGCCCCGAUGCUGUCUUCCACUACCACAGUGGACUCAGCAGACAAAGGGAAGAAGCUCAGAAAAACAUUAUUCUCUGGAGGGAGGAGUGAUUCUCUACCUGCCAAGUCGGAGCUGAGCCAGGGUUCUCCUCCCCCCGAGGGGAGACUGCGAGGCUGGUUUGGCUCCAGUGACUCCCAGAACAAGCCAAGGUUAGUGGAGGGUCAUUUCAGCUCUGUGUCUCCACUCUCCAGGACUUCAUACAGUUUUGCUUUCCAACGAAAGCACACAAUAGACAUCUACAUCUUGGAAGGUUUUGAUUUCCUUGUGUUCAGUGUCUAUGCUGCCCCCUGUUCCUUUAAAACAGAAAUGUGGCAAGUUCAUCCACCAUUUUACAGCAAUCUCAUAUCACCUUAUGUAGGCCACAACUUAAGGUUCAUACUGUCCUCAUAACACAGCAUAAUAAUUGACAUCUAGGCCAUUUGUAUAAAAAUGUACCGUACUUCCAGUCAGAAGAAAAUCAAAAACUCAAAGAGUCCAUGUGACUGGAGUUGGAAAGGACAUUAUGGCAUAUGUAUAUUUCAGUCGUAAAAUUGCUUGGGGUCAAAUUGAAUCAGAUACUGUAUACAUUAUAUUCUCAAGUACUAAUGCCAGAGGAUCUACCUGAGCUUAGGUUUGGUAUGUUGUGGAACAUUGAUCUAGAUGUGCACUAAUCAUCUGGGCCAGUAUUCAUAAAGUGUCUCGGAAUAGGAGUGCUGAACUGGUGGGGGGGCCACCACCGUAACCUUAUUCAUUAUGAUCUAAAAGGCAAAACUGAUCCUAGAUCAGCACUCCUACUCUUAGAUUAUUUAUGAAUACCCAGUACACUAAUCACCUGUUCUUGCUAUUAGAUCAUUCUGCAGUACUACUGUUUCUAAUCUGACAGUAAUUCCUGAAAUACCAAAAUCAGUAUAUCUUGCUCUUCACCUUGCUUCAGUAAUUUGCGAAAUGCAGUUUUUCUUUUUGUAGUAAACUUUUGUUGCUGUUUUCCAUAACCCAUUAUUGUUUACAUUUUGUUGGCAAUUGUAGCAUAUUCACAUAUGAAAAUAUUUUAAGAUAGUCCUCAAAUAGACAGUAGUUGGAUGGGUUGCCUUUUUCUCUCUGUGUUAGACAAAUGGAACCGAUAUUUUGAAUGGGUCAGCUGGCGCAGAAUUAACAAAGAGGACUGCUUGUGCCUUCCCUCCACAGGCUGGAAGUUUCUCCUAAGGUAGAAAGCGAAUCAGACACCCCUCCUCCUCUCCCCCCUCGCUCCCCCAUUCCCCCCCAGUGCUUGUCUCCCUCUGCUUAUUCCACUGGCCAUGCCUCGCCCGACAGUGGCCAUCCAACUAACCCCUUCACCCCCUCUCCCUCUCUGACCCCUGACCCCAUCUCUCCCUCCAACCCCUUCCUCCCGCGUAUGCUGUGUAAUCCCUUUUUUGAGGACCUCAUUGCAGAAGAGACCCCCCCUCUUGCUUCCUGCUUCCCUGUCACACCCCUCUGUCAUUCCACAGCUUUGCCUUGCAUCCCCAGUCCUGCCCACGAUCCCGCCGUGCAAAUGAAAAUGGCCACCAUAUGGCGAGACCGGCCCAGGCCUGUAGCCAGGCAGACGUCCCUCCCUGCCUUACUCCCGACAGCGGCGACGGCCAGCCCCCCCAAUCCGUUUACCUCUCGCUCCAUAUCAGAGAAUGGGGGAGGAGAAUGGGACGAGUCCUUUGACGCCUUUGCCUCCAGCAGGCUGAAUUCGCCAAAGGGCUCUCCUACCAAUCACCCUUCAAUAGCAACCACAAGGCAAGCUCAAGUAAGAAGCACUCCUCCAUAUGAGAGUUACACUAUUCCACCCAUUGAGGAGAUGAGGAUGAGUGAAGAAGAAGAGCCUCCACCGUUGCCUCCACGGAGGCCCAUAAUACGGACUCUGGUGAACGAGAGACCCUCUGACAGCUGGUUGCACAGGGGUCAGGAGCUGGCUGUACAGAAAGAGGCCUGUUUCCUGUCACAAACAGGCGCAGCUUCCCUACAGCACACAAGAGAAUGGGGGCACAAGAGACACACACCAAGUCCCCACCUGUACCCAAGCCCAGGCAAAGACCUUGUCAGCAGUGACCUGUUGGACUUUCAUACCGUACACUCACAACAUUAUGCCAACAUGUCUCCAGAGUCUCCAUCUCCAUUCAAGUCUGAAGAUGAGUUCAAGAAGUUUGACUAUGAACCAUUGCGAGAUGAAGAUGAUAAAAUGAUAUUUACUGAGCAGGACAUAUGGCCAGAUGCAACAGAUGCAACAGAUUCAAUAAUAUCAUUGGCCUCAGAGGAUACAAUGGACGCCAGUCCCACUGUAAGAAAAUAUACUAUUGUAAAGAACACUUCACAUUCUGAACUCAAAGACUUAUCUCUACCAGUAAUGCUUCUUAAUAGUGAAAUGACUGUUGCGGAUCUACUGAAUAUGUCUUCCCCAAAACACUCUAAAUCAGGUCUUAAGACCCUAGACAUUGCUUCAACUACACCAGUCCCAACAUUGGACUCCUUCUCAAUUCACCAAGAUAAGCCCACCAAGUCCAGAAACAACAAUUAUGAAUCACCUCCGCUAACCUUAGAAGAUCUUAAUAAAAACCAAAGUAACUCAGAUUUUAGUUUUAUUGACUCUGCUUCUGAUGCUUCCCCAUCUCCAUCUGACAUGAUGACAGUGCAUACCAUCAAAAGUUUAGGUGGCAUUUUUCCUCAACCUCCACAAGAUACUCCCAUCGCCAUAUAUCAUGAGCAGAUCAUGCUAUCUGCAGAAGAUAUGUUAACUUUUCAGAAGCCUAGUACUAUAGAUGUCAACACCGCUGUAAAAGUCUCCUCGCUUUGUCAAGACACUUGUCAAGAUGGAGGUUGUGAAUUGAAUACAUUACGCAGAGAUUCUGCAAGCAAUACGAAGAGCAAUAACAUUAUUACGCCUGACAGUCUUAACAUAGAGCUUGAAUCUGAAGACAUCACUAGAGAGACUGUUGAUUUAAAAGACACACAAUCUCCACUGGAUAGAAAUGGCAACAUUACAAAAUCAAAGAUAGACAGUUCAAAAGUAGACCCUUCAUGUCAUCUUAGAUCUUCUCCAGUUUCAGCCCAGAUGGAAAUGCAACAGGAAGUGAGUCAGCCUCUGGCCAAACGAACCAAUCCUGUCAAUGAGUCUUCACCAAGGGGCACUAGUUCACACAGAAGUCUCAAGGGAAUGAUACGAGAGCUCCACGGCAACAGUGGCGCAAAUAGCCCUGGCAAAGGUGAGAGCCCUCUUCACCAAUCACCAUCUCCUGGGCAAAUAAUCUCAGAGAGCAUUGAAGGCAUUGAAGGACCAUUCUCAUAUCAACCCACCAAAUCUCAUUUUUCCUCACCUUUGUCACCGGAUAGAGAGACAAUGCUCAAGGCAGCUACAUUAUUAGUUUCCUUGCAAAAAACAAACACGAAUAGUUCCACUCAGUCAAUUCCAAAAGAAAACUGCUUAACGGAACAUUCCUCAUCCAAAUAUGCUGAGACGAUCAGCUUCGAAGACCUCCAUGCCAAAGUAGCCCCGAAUGUGAGAAGCCCCAUGAGUGCCAGGUUAAGGCCUGGCGUCACCGUGCAUGCUUCCAACCCCUGUGCUUCCAACCCCUCCUCUACUACCCCCUCCCUGGAAACCGAAACUAAUGGCCAGGCUAAGCUACCCCCCACCCAUGUCCCCCCCUCCAUACAUCACCCCCCGACCGUGAGGCCCAGUACCGGAGCCAGUGCCACCUUGGCUGUGGCCCCCUACACCUCUUCCUCCUACUCCUCCUCUUCCUCCUACACCACUGCCCAGCCCUUGGUCGAAGCACGUCACACACUUUUGCCUGAGGAGACACAGCCAGCUAGCAGCCUGCCCCGACAGGAGAGCAGGUGAGACUUCUCCUCACACUUAAGCUCUGCAGAGUGUACCCACUCAAACUCCUCUUGAGAAAAUACAAAUACCAGGUUGGGUUGCCAGUUUGAGUUACCAGAUUGGGUUGCUAGGUUGUAGUCAACAAUGGGAUGCAGAAAUUAGAAAUAGUUAGACAUAGCUCACUUGCUGGCAUAGCUUGAAAACCUGAAACUACAUUUUGUUAGACUGCAUUCUCAUUCUUCCAAACAAAAGACAUUGAUUUGGUUCCUUUGAUUUAAUCUAUUUAAGUAGCUUACUUAAGAGGUUCUCUAAAUUAAUCAGUAUAUCUCCCCUGCCAGUACCACCUGCCCAUGAAAACCCAUUGGUUGCUACAGUGCAUUGUUUUGGGAAUUGCUUAAUCUUUUAUGUUGCUCAUCUCACUUCUGUGUUGUUAAUUUGUGUCAUACAUUUGUGUUGCUGACUGUCCCAUCACAUCAAGGAGUCCACAACCACAAUCAAAGUCAUCAUAAUGAGAAUCUCAGCCUAACCUUGAUUAAACAACUGCUUUAGCUCUCUGUGCUGCCAUUUUGACCAUCUGUAAAUUAAAGCAAAAUGGAAGUGCCUUCCUUCACUCUCUCAUUAGGUGUAUGGUGAAGUUGCCUCUAUAUGCUGAUUUCCCCCACUAAUGGUUAAGGUUAGGAUUGGGGGAAAGGAAGCUGUUCCUAGAUCUGUACCUAGGGGAAACUUCACCUUGGAGCCUGUCAUUACUGAUACAGCAUACCUGCUCUGUGCUAUAGUAGUGCAAUCAGACAACAUGAGCUCUUUUUACGCUCUCUUGCUGAAACCUGUUGCUAAACACAUUUUGUUAUCAUAUAGAGAACUGAUUUGAGGUCUGCAUUAUAUACUGAAAAUUCUAAAUCCAGGCCAAAGCAUUGUUAUGAAUAUUCCCACAUACAAUGCCAGUGCCUCACAUUAUACUGUACUGUAUAUUGAUUUUAAUGUGAAAAUUGAUAUGUACACAAAAUCCAAUGCAGUGAACCGUUGAUGGUGAUGUUUCCUUUGCAGCCCCCACCCAGUGAAACCCUUGACCACCACAGCCAGUCAGGGGGAGAAGAAAGAGGGCCGGUCAGUUCUGGAGAAGCUCAAGUCUUCCAUCCACCCAGGCCGCGCUGCCCAGCAGACACUGGCUGUGGCUGAGACUGAGAAGAAGAUUGAGGUAUAAAAGGCCACAAACUUUGCGUUUAGACAGGCAGCCCCAUUCUGAUAUUUUUUCCACUAAUUGGUCUUUUGACCAAUCAAAUCAGAUCUUUUCACAUCAGGUCUUUUUCAGAGCUGAUCUGAUUGGUCAAAAGACCAAUGAGUGAAAAAAAGAUCAGAAUUGGGCUGCCUGUCUAAACACAGCCCAACUAUCCCUGCUGAAAAAAACUGCAUAGACCAGCAUAAAUUUCAAGGCGGUCUAUGAUGGUCCAUACUGGUUUAUGCUGGUCCAUGCUGGUCUAUUGUGGUCAGUGCUGGUCUAAUGCUGGUCUGACCAGCAUGGUCUAACUGCUUCUUCUGGCCGACCAGCAUAGUCUAGCUGGUCAAGCUGGUCUGACCAGCAUGGUCUAGCUGGUUAUGCUGGCAUACCAGCCUUAGUUGUGUUUUUGCUGGUGAUUGGCAUUUGUUGUGUUGCUGGUGACUAGCCUUCACUGUGUUUUUGCUGUUGAUCAGCCUUCACUGUGUUUUGGACACUGGUGACCAGCAUAAGCUAAAGCAAAACCAGCAUCAAGUCACAUAAUGCUGGCUUGCAAACUGAUGUUUAAAUCCUAUUGGAAUUCAGCCAGAGUGGAUUCCCACAAUCUGCAUUCAGAAUGACUGCCAGGGUUAGAAAGAUGAAUGAACGAGACUACCUAAAACAGGGCUGCCCAACCAUCUUCCUGGAGAUCUACCGUCCUGUGGGUUUUCAGUCCAACCCUAAUUUAACACACUUGAUUCUACUUAUUAGCUGCUCAACAAGACCUUAACUAGCUGAAUCAGAUAUGCUAAAUUAGGGUUGGACUGAAAACCUACAGGACAGUAGAUCUCCAGGAAGAGGGUUGGGCAGGCCUGACCUAAACGAUUUAAACUGGAACAACCAUUUCAGUAACGGGUCCAACUAACAGAUUGGAUUAAUUUAUAAAAAUGUAUGUUAUUCAUCAACACUGGCGUACCACACACCCCGCAGCCUCCGCUAGGCGGGGGGCCCAUGGGGUCUUUUCUCUCAGCCUCAUGGCAAAAUGUGUAGAAUAGCAGGAAAUUAUCUUUAAAACAUUUAAAUUAGCUCAGCCGCAUUGCAAAAUGUGUAGAAUAGCAUGAGAUUAGCUAUAAAACUAUAUAUUUUUCUCUGCCCCAUGGCAAUAUGUAUAGAAUUGCAGGAAAUUAGCUUUAAAACAGCAACAUUUUCUCUCAGCCUCAUGGCAAAAUGUGUUGAAUAGUAUGAGAUUAGCUAUACCUUGCUCACACCUACAGUAUACCUUGCCGAGACCUUGCGGGGGGCCCCGUGAAACGGAGGUACGCCACUGUCAAUCAAUGUACAUGCAAAAACACAGAUAUUGAAAGAAACAAUUCAAAAAAUCUAACUGUAAUAGAGCAUGCUGGGAAAUAUGCUAAAGAUUUAUUUGUAUCAAAUUAAAUAAUUAUUGUCUUCUGUUUAAUUUAUACAGUGCAUUCGGAAAGUAUUCAGACCCCUUGACUUUUUCCACAAUUUGUUACGUUACAGCCUUAUUCUAAAAUGGAUUAAAUUAAUUUUUUCCCUCAUCAACCUAAACUCAUCAAAAAAAGAAACGUCCCUUUUUCAGGACCCUGUCUUUCAAAGAUAAUUCGUAAAAAUCAAAAUAACUUCACAGAUCUUCAUUGUAAAGGGUUUAUACACUGUUUACCAUGCUUGUUCAAUGAACCAUAAACAAUUAAUGAACAUGUACCUGUGGAACGGUCGUUAAGACACUAACAGCUUACAGACGGUAGGCAAUUAAGGUCACAGUUAUGAAAACUUAGGACACUAAAGAGGCGUUUCUACUGACUCUGAAAAACACCAAAAGAAAGAUGCCCAGGGUCCCUACUCAUCUGCGUGAACGUGCCUUAGGCAUGCUGCAAGGAGGCAUGAGGACUGUAGAUGUGGCCAGGGCAAUAAAUUGCAAUGUCCGUACUGUGAGACGCCUAAGACAGCGCUACAGGGAGACAGGACGGACAGCUGAUCGUCCUCGCAGUGGCAGACCACGUGUAACAACACCUGCACAGGAUCGGUACAUCUGAACAUCACACCUGCGCGAUAGGUACAGCAUGGCAACAACAACUGCCUGAGUUACACCAGGAACGCACAAUCCCUCCAUCAGUGCUCAGACUGUCCGCAAUAGGCUGAGAGAGGCUGGACUGAGGGCUUGUAGGCCUGUUGUAAGGCAGGUCUCUCCCCAGUCAAAACUGUUCGCUGCUCUGGCACCCCAAUGGUGGAACAAGCUCCCUCACGACGCCAGGACAGCGGAGUCACUCACCACCUUCCGGAGACAUUUGAAACCCCACCUCUUUAAGGAAUACCUGGGAUAGGAUAAAGCAAUCCUUCUACCCCCCCACCCCCCCCCCCCUCACACACAGCGGAGUCGCUCACCACCUUCCGGAGACAUUUGAAACCCCACCUCUUUAAGGAAUACCUGGGAUAGGAUUAAGUAAUCCUUCUACCCCCCCCCCCCCCCCCCCCUCACACACAGCGGAGUCGCUCACCACCUUCCGGAGACAUUUGAAACCCCACCUCUUUAAGGAAUACCUGGGAUAGGAUAAAGUAAUCCUUCUACCCCCCCCCCAAAAAAAAAAAAAAAAAAAAAAAAAAAAAAAAAAAGUAAAGUGGUUAUCCCACUGGCUAUAGGGUGAAUGCAUCAAUUUGUGAGUCGCUCUGGACUAGAGCGUCUGCUAAAUGACGUAAAUGUGCCCUUGAGCAAGGCACUUAACCCUAAUUGCUCCUGUAAGUCGCUCUGGAUAAGAGCGUCUGCUAAAUGACUAAAAUGUAAAUAAAAAAUCACCUGCAACAACGUCGCCUAUGGGCACAAACCCACCGUCGCUGGACCAGACAGGACUGGCAAAAAGUGCUCUUCACUGACGGGUCACGGUUUUGUCUCACCAGGGGUUAUGGUCGGAUUUGCGUUUAUCGUCGAAGGAAUGAGCAUUACACCGAGGCCUGUACUCUGGAGCGGGAUCGAUUUGGAGGUGGAGGGUCAGUCAUGGUCUGGGGCGGUGUGUCACAGCAUCAUCGGACUGAGCUUGUUGUCAUUGCAGGCAAUCUCAACGCUGUGCGUUACAGGGAAGACAUCCUCCUCCCUCAUGUGGUACCCUUCCUGCAGGCUCAUCCUAACAUGACCCUCCAGCAUGACAAUGCCACCAGCCAUGCUGCUCGUUCUGUGUGUGAUUUCCUGCAAGACAAGAAUGUCAGUGUUCUGCCAUGGCCAGCGAAGAGCCCAGAUCUCAAUCCCAAUGAGCACAUCUGGGACCUGUUGGAUCGGAGGGUGAGGGCUAGGGCCAUUCAUUUACAUUUACAUUUUAGUCAUUUAGCAGACGCUCUUAUCCAGAGCGACUUACAGGAGCAAUUAGGGUUAAGUGCCUUGCUCAAGGGCACAUUUACGUCAUUUAGCAGACGCUCUUAUCCAGAGCGACUACAAAUUGGUGCAUUCACCCUAUAGCCAGUGGGAUAACCAUUCCCCCCAGAAAUGUCCGGGAACUUGCAGGUGCCUUGGUGGAAGAGUGGGGUAACAUCUCACAGCAAGAACUGGGAAAUCUGGUGCACUCCAUGAGGAGGAGAUGAACUGCAGUACUUAAUGCAGCUGGUUGCCACACCAGAUACUGACUGUGACUUUUGAUUUUGACACCCCCUUUGUUCAGGGACACAUUAUUCAAUUUCUGUUAGUCACAUGUCUGUGGAACUUGUUCAGUGUAUGUCUAAGUUGUUGAAUCUUGUUAUGUUCAUACAAAUAUUUACACAUGUUACGUUUGCUGAAAAUAAACGCAGUUGACAGUGAGAGGACAUUUCUUUUUUUGCUGAGUUUACAUAAAAUACCCCAUAAUGACAAAGCAAAAACAGGUUUUUUGAAUUUUCUGCUAAUGUAUAAAGAAACAGAAAUACCUUAUUUACAUAAGUAUGCAGACCCUUUGCUAUGAGACUCGAAAUUGAGCUCAGGUGCAUCCUGUUUCCAUUGAUCAUCCUUGAGCUGUUUCUACAACUUGAUUGCAGUCCACCUGUGGUACAUUCUAUUGAUUGGACAUGAUUUGGAAAGGCACACACCUGUCUAUAUAAGGUCCCACAGUUGACAAUGCAUGUCAGAGCAAAGACCAAGCCAUGAGGUCGAAGGAAUUGUCCGUAGAGCUCCGAGACAGGAUUGUGUCGAGGCACAGAUCUGGGGAAGGGUACUAAAACAUUCUACAGCAUUGAAGGUCCCCAAGAACACAGCGGCCUCCAUCAUUCUUAAAUGGAAGAAGUUUGAAACCACCAAUACUUUUCCUAAAGCUGGCCGUCUGGCCAAACUGAGCAAUCGGGGGAUAAGGGCCUUGGUCAGGGAGGUGACCAAGAACCCGAUGGUCACUCUGACAGAGCUCCAGAGUUCCUCUAUGGAGAUGGGAGAACCUUCCAGAAGGACAACCAUCUCUGCAGCACUCCACCAAAUCAGACGUUUAUGGUCAGAUGGAAGCUACUCCUCAGUAAAAGACACAUGACAGCCCGCUUGGUUUGCUAAAAGGCACGUAAAGGACUCUGACCAUGAGAAACAAGAUUCUCUGGUCUGAUGAAACCAAGAUGGAUCUCUUUGGUCUGAAUGCCAAGCAUCAAGUCUGGAGGAAACCUGGCACCAUCCCCAUGGUGAAUUAUGGUGGUGGCAGCAGAGCGCUCAAGACCUCCGCCUGGGGUGAAGGUUCACCUUCCAACAGGACAACGACCCUAAGCACACAGCCAAGACAACGCAGGAGUGGCUUUGGGACAAUUCUCUGAAUGUCCUUGAGUGGCCCAGCCAGAGCCCGGACAUUGAAUAUCUCUGGAGAGACCUGAAAAUAGCUGUACAGCGACGCUCCCCAUUCAACCUGACAGAGCUUGAGAGGAUCUGCAGAGAAGAAUGGGAGAAACUCCCCAAAUACAGGUGUGCCAAGCUUGUAGCAUCAUACCCAAGAAGACUCAAGGCUGUAAUCGCUGCCAAAGGUGCUUCAAUAAAGUUCUGAGUACAGGGUCUGAAUACUUUUGUAAAUGUGAUAUUUUUAGUAAAUUAGCAAGAAUUUCUACAAACCUGUUUUUGCUUUGUCAUUAUGGGGUAUUGUCUGUAGAUUGAUGGGGGGGGGGGUGAAACGAUUUAAUCCAUUUUAGAAUAAGGCUCUAACGUACCAAAUGUGGAAAAAGUCAAGAGGUCUGAAUACUUUCCAAAUGCACUGUAUAACAACAUUCCGACCUUGUUUAGCAUUAUCUAGUCCAACUAUGGCAUGAAUCCAAUAUUUGUAUCCGUUUGAAUCACUUAUUUUGAAGGCGAAACACUAAUUCCACUUGUGGCUAAUCCUUAUUGUGGCUAGCUUCACACCGGUCUAUUUGCUUAGCGGUUCAUGUAUUUUACUGUUAGCUGUGGCACGGCUAGUGGGGGUCAUUGCGGUCGAUUGUGUAGUAUUGGGUAACAUUUAUGAUUACACACACUAUAGUCGGUAAUCUGUUGAGAUGUGUUGGACAAACAUACAAUUUGAUGGUUUUACAUGCUAGAUAGCAUACCUUUUGCACUAUUUGUAAGUGAAUAGCCUUUAUUUUGGUACAGAUACUAAUUCAUUGAAUAGCAAUAGCUACAUAUGUACAGUCGUGGUCAAAAGUUUUGAGAAUUACACAAAUACUAAUUUUCACAAAGUCUGCUGCCUCAGUUUUGAUGAUGGCAAUUUGCAUAUACUCCAGAAUGUCAUGAAGAGUGAUCAGAUGAAUUGCAAAGUCUCUCUUUGCCAUGAAAAUGAACUUAAUCCCCCAAAAAAUGUGAUUAUCUCGUUAACACAAGUGAGAGUGUUGACAAGGACAAGGCUGGAGAUCACUCUGUCAUGCUGAUUGAGUUAGAAUAACAGACUGGAAGCUUUAAAAGGAGGGUGGUGCUUGAAAUCAUUGUUCUUCCUCUAUUAACCAUGGUUACCUGCAAGGAAACACGUGCCGUCAUCAUUGCUUUGCACAAAAAGGGCUUCACAGGCAAGGAUAUUGCUGCUAGUAAGAUUGCACCUAAAUCAACCAUUUAUCGGAUCAUCAAGAACUUCAAGGAGAGAGGUUCAAUUGUUGUGAAGAAGGCAUCAGGGCGCCCAAGAAAGUCCAGCAAGCGCCAGGACCGUCUCCUAAAGUUGAUUCAGCUGCGGGAUCGGGGCACCACCAGUGCAGAGCUUGCUCAGGAAAGGCAGCAGGCAGGUGUGAGUGCAUCUGCACGCACAGUGAGGCGAAGACUUUUGGAGGAUGGCCUGAUGUCAAGAAGGGCAGCAAAGAAGCCACUUCUCUCCAGGAAAAACAUCAGGGAUAGACUGAUAUUCUGCAAAAGAUACAGGGAUUGGACUGCUGAGGACUGGGGUAAAGUCAUUUUCUCGGAUGAAUCCCCUUUCCGAUUGUUUGGGGAUUCCGGAAAACACCUUGUCCGGAGAAGACAAGGUGAGCGCUACCAUCAAUCCUGUGUCAUGCCAACAGUAAAGCAUCCUGAGACCAUUCAUGUGUGGGGUUGCUUCUCAGCCAAGGGAGUGGGCUCACUCACAUUUUGGCCUAAGAACACAGCCAUGAAUAAAGAAUGGUACCAACACAUCCUCUGAGAGCAACUUCUCCCAACCAUCCAAGAACAGUUUGGUGACGACCAAUGCCUUUUCCAGCAUGAUGGAGCACCUUGCCAUAAGGCAAAAGUGAUAACUAAGUGGCUCGGGGAACAAAACAUCGAAAUUUUGGGUCAAUGGCCAGGAAACUCCCUAGACCUUAAUCCCAUUGAGAACUUGUGGUCGAUCCUCAAGAGGCGGGUGGACAAACAAAACCCCACAAAUUCUGACAAACUCCAAGCAUUGAUUAUGCAAGAAUGGGCUGCCAUCAGUCAGGAUGUGGCCCAGAAAUUAAUUGAUAGCAUGCCAGGGCGGAUUGCAGCGGUCUUGAAAAAGAAGGGUCAACACUGCAAAUAUUGACUCUUUGCAUAAACUUCAUGUAAUUGUCAAUAAAAGCCUUUGACACUUAUGGAAUGCUUGUAAUUAUCCUUCAGUAUACCAUAGUAACAUCGGACAAAAAUAUCUCAUAACACUGAAGCAGCAAACUUUGUGAAGGCCAAUACUUGUGUCAUUCUCAAAACUUUUGACCACGACUGUACUGUUAAUGCGACUGAACAUAGGAUAUGAAAGUAUGUGAAUGCAUUUUUUUAAAAUAUAUAUAUUGAUAAUGACAACUGAAUUUAUAUUCUUCUACAAAGCAAUUGUAGAUAGAUAAUUGACCCUUGACACUUUUGGAUUUUUAAAAAUUAAAUUCUAUUGAGAGAGCUUUUCCUGAAACCAGCCAACUUUCUCGUCUCAUAAUUUCUCUUGUUUUACAGGAAACAUAUCUGCUUUCCUGGUCUCAAUCCUGGGACCUUUAACAAACACAUCAGCAUGAUAUGUAUUUUUUAUUACAGGAGAUUAUCUAUAAAACUGCACAUUUUUCUCUCUGGCCCGUAUCAUGUUGUUAUGAUAACGUUAUCUGGCUUAAGGCUGGCUAAUGCUACCACACAUUCAUGGACAUUACCCUGCACAUAUUGUGUAGACCUGUGCUGGAUUUAUGGCAUUUGAGCUUUUUUAAUAAUUGAUUUUUUCUAUUUUACUGAUUUUGAACCCCUGCUCAGAUGAAACCUGUCUCCUGGAUAAAACAAUUGAUCAGUCACUCUCCCCCAUCCUCACCUACAAGUACUCCUGGCUGGCUAUAUAGCAUAUUUGAGCCAAUGCAAACACAACACUAUUUAUGAUAUCUAGUUUAUUCUGUAUACUGAUUCGCUUUUGAAAGAAAUUCUGAACAUGCUGCAAAGCAAUUGUGGUCCCACAAGGGACCCAGUUUAUACACUGAACAAAAAUAUAAAUGCAGCAUGCAACCAUUUCAAAGAUUUUACUGAGUUACAGUUCAUAUAAAGGAAACCAGUAAAUUUAAAUAAAUUCAUUAGGCCCUAAUCUUUGGAUUUCACAACAGGGAAUACAGAUAUGCAUCUGUUGGUCACAGAUACCUUUAGAAAACAAGGUAGGGGUGUGGAUCAGAAAACUAGUCAGUAUCUGGUGUGACCACCAUUUGCCAGUGGCCAUCGAAGGUGAGCAUUUGCCCACUGAAGUCGGUUACGAAGCCGAACUGCAGUCAGGUCUACACCCUGGUGAGGACGAAAAGCAGAUGAGCUUCCCUGAGUCGGUUUCUGACCAUUUGUGCAGAAAUUAUUUGGUUGUGAAAACCCACAGUUUCCUCAGCUGUCCAGGUGGCUGGUCUCAGACGAUCCCGCAGGUGAAGAAGCCGGAUGUGGAGGUCCUGGGUUGGCAUGGUUACACGUGGUCUGCAGUUAUGCGGCCGCAUGGACGUAUUGCCAAAUUCUCUAAAACAACAUUGGCUUAUGGUAGAGAAAUUAACAUGGAAUUAUUUGACAACAGUUCUGGUGGACAUUCCUGCAGUCAGCAUGCCAAUUGCGCACUCCCUCAAAACUUGAGACAUCUGUGGCAUUGUGUUGUGUGACAAAACUGCACAUGUUAGAGUGGUCUUUUAUUGUCCCCAGCACAAGGUGCACCUGUGUAAUGAUCAUGCUAUUUAAUCAGCUUCUUGAUAUGCCACACCUUUCAGGUGGAUGGAUUAUCUUCGCAAAGGAGAAAUGCUCUUUAACAGGGAUGUAAACAAAUUUGUGCACAACAUUUUAGGGAAAUAAGCUUUUUGUGUGUAUGGAACAUUUCGGGGAUCUUUAAUUUCACCUCAUGAAAUAUGGGACCAACACUUCACAUGCUGCGUUUAUAUUUUUGUUCAGUAUAGAAACAGUAUCCACACAUUACAAAUGAAUCAUUGAAUAUAAUAAAUGAUAAAAAGUCCAUGAAUUCACAUAAUGAAUGACUUUCCAAACUGGGCAGUUCAAAAUUCUAUGGAAAAGUUUUUGGUCAAUUACCUGACAGCAAUAUAUUUUAUUAAUUGAGUCCCUCCUCUUGUUAAUCUAUGUUUACCCAUUCUAUGUCACAGAUCCAGUCAUGUCAGGUCAGUGAUUACUUCAAGACAUGAAUGAACGAUGUAUUCUCAGACAGAGGCUGUGUUUGUCUUCUCAGGAAUCGUUAGCAGACAGCUCUGCGCAGUACGAGCAGCUGACCAACAUGGAGCUGAUUUCCCUUCUGCUGCAGCAGGAGAUGGAUAUGGAGAAACAGCAGGUGGCCUCCGACCAGCAGGCGGCGAUGCUGGAGAAACACGAGGCGGAGCUGAAGAAGAUCAAGGCACAGGUGCGCGACCUAGAGGACUACAUCGACAAGCUGCUGGUGCAGAUCAUGGAGCAGACACCCACACUCCUCCAAGUGCGCUCCCGACACAAGUGACCACUAGGGCUAGUGUGUGCACUUAUAAUCAGUAUAAUAUAGGGCCAUGGUCCCCAUCAAACCCUGGUCCUGGAGAGCUACUAGGAUGACCAGGCUAUUGUUCCAGCUCAGUCCCUAUAAUAGUGCAUUUAACUAGGUUUGGUGGUCAGUUGUUUAGCCAAAUCAGGUGUUAUAGUGCAGGCCUGAAACAAAAGCCUGCACAUCCAAGUAGUUCUUUACGACCAGGGUUGGUUGCCAGUAUUCCAGGGUCAGGUGUAGUCCACACAUCCCUAAGCAAAUACUAAAUCUCACAACCAUCCAGGUUUCACUGCUGAUACCCUGCCCUGUUGAUAUAGACAAAAUAUUACCCAUGUGCAUGCUUACUAUUGCUUAUAUUUGGUAGGAUCAGGCCGCAAGUAAUAAUCAGAAACUGCAGUCAUAGCAAAUAUUAUUAUUAUUAUUACACUCGCUACUUAGGAUAAGGAAAGUGACAGCUUUUGUCAAAUGUACUGCAUUAGAAUUCUUAUAAAUGUGCAUUGAUGAAGAAAACAGAAAAUGUCUUCCUGUUCAUAAAGUGUACAGUAAAUGUAAUAUUCCGUGGUAUAAAUUGGUCUUACAUGAUUGCCUCAAAUUCAGAAAACAUUUAAGUGUUUGAAUUAGUAUGAUAUGGACCCAAAUUAUCUUCAUCAUGGUAAAUACUGUAAUUAUUUGGCAAAAGACUCAAAAACACUCAAGGAGAAUUCCACUGAACUAAAAUGUGUUUACAUGGAGAAAGAUUAACUUGAGCUAGUGUCAUAUUGUGUAAAUUAUUAUAAAAAAAUAUAUAAAAAUGAAAAUGCAUGAAAAAGACUGCGAUGUCUGAAACAGACUGCUUUGAGGGAAAUUCCGCUGAACUCCAAUUUGUUAAAAUGGAGAAAGAUUAACUUGAGCUAGUGUCAUAUUUUGUAAAUGAUUAUUUAAAAAAAUAUACAAAAUUAUAUAUAUCUGAAAAGAAUAUAUAAGAAAACAUUGUGCAAAUAGAUAAA